AUGAAAAUAUAUAAGCUGUAUGGACUAUGGUUUGUAGCAAUCUGCCCUAUCAUCUUUAUUAAAUGCUCGAGCAACAACCUUAACGUUAAUCAGGAUGAGAUCCAGAUCGGGCUCUCCAUCAAAGAAUGGUGCACGUAUUUGAGCGAAACACCCUGCGAAUUCCAGGACGAUAGUGCUAUCAUCCUAGAUCAGCUCGACAUGCAAGAACUCGGCUCAUUAGCUGAAACUAAUCCACAAACCACCCCCAUUGCUAUCGAAUACUAUCUUCUCCAAAGUCAACGAAUCCAAAGACUAGAAAAGCAGCCGGGGGUGGUAGUCUACCGAUAUAGCCGUAGGAAAUCUUACACACUGAAUAUAUCACAAGAUAGGAUUAUAGUUCAUGGGUCGCCGGCAGGAGCCCAUGGACAACUCAGAUGUAUAAUCAGCCGUGCAGUUAGUCUAGCCUCAUCUAAUAGCAUUCUGCCCAUAUAUUUAUAUCGAAUCAACAUCUACCAAGCGACCGCCCAACGAAUAACACCACUUGAAGCGCUUCUCUUAGAUGUCUUUCCUCCAGGCAAAAGUCACAACUAUAUUUAUCAAAUGGUAAUCGAAUGGCUUUAUUGCAAUAGUUUGUCAGAUAAAAGAGAUACCCAUUUACAGAUACAACUGGCCAAUAUCAAGCCUGACACUUCUUUUCUACUCUUAGUCAAUAUCCCAGCAAUCUUUUUGGAUCACUCUGUAUUCCAGCGAGAACUUUAUUACUAUCUAAGUUUCAUUAAUGUCAUCAAAUCACGAUUUCACGGGAUUUACGUCUUGGUGUACAAUUCACUAUACCAACCAAUCGAGAACGAAGACUGCAAAACCUACUGCCAUCGCAUCAGAGGGAUUGACAUGGAAUGGACGGGGCCAAGUCUAACCGGCUACUUUUUCCAUCUCAGUCACCGCGACCUCAAAGUAUAUAGUCUCCAAAUUCUGACCCCUAGUGCUACUAUCCAACCAAUGCGCUUUCUCGGCCGGCCAGACCACGACCAAUACACGCCUCCAGAUUUCCUCGACAAAAUAGUUAUCUAUCAACCCUUCGCCAGUCGCCAAUGCAUGAUCGACUACAAACCAACCAGUAUCCAGGCCAAAAACAUCGAAAUCUGCUGCCCCGGAUGGCAAAUAAUACUCAGUCAAAUAUUAAAGCCACUAUCUGAUGGCUCCAUCUACUAUCCCGUUCACAUCGCAGCUUUAAAUCCCACCGGUUGGCCCGACAAGACUAUCGAUGCAGCCAUCACACUAUAUAUCAACCCCAAUGAUAUACAAAUCAGCGCCAACACAUCCAAUAACGACAUCAAAGCAAGCAACAGAUGUUACAUCAAAUGGCUAGCCCGGAAAAGAGUUGAAUUCGAAUCCAUGUGGAAUCGACAACUCACCGAGAUAUUACUCAACAAUCAAAGCGUCAUCAAUAACCCCCAAUUCAUCAAAUUCCAUGAUUCAUACAGUUUAAAAGAGGCCAAUAAAGCUGUUCCUAAAUGCCCGCCCAACACCACCAAGACCCCCAAGACCACCAAGACCCCCAAGACCACCAAACCCAAGAUCACCAAACCCAAGAUCACCAAACCCAAGACCACCAAACCCAAGCCAUCUCAAGCCACCCCAAGACGUACCCGUUCAACUACUAAACUCACUCAUCCAACUACUAAACCAACCCGUUCAACUACCAAACCAACCAAUUCAACUACCAAACGAAACCAGCCCAAGAAUACCAAGCGCACUCGUCGAACUACCAAACUAACUUAA